AUGCCACCCGAAUCGUCGUCUCUUUUGCACGUUAAAAAUAGACACGCGGCACAUCGCCGACGUUUUCUCGGGGUGAAUAAUUUGUUUCAGAGUCUUAUGCGAUGACUUAGGGUUUCACCGUCGUAAGUUUACAUUUUGGUUGUUUAAACGUACAUUAUGGUCAUCGUGCUCAUAUAGACGUUUUUAUGUUUUCAGUUCGUAGCUACCGUUUUGCUGUUGGCCGUGGCCGCGUGCGCAAUCGCCGAAGAAGCCAAGCCGCAAGACGCCAAGACAACGGAAAAGCGUAACGUCUACGGACUUGGAUACGGAUUACCCGCGGUCCCCGCGUACCAUGCACCGCUCACCUACCCGACUUCCUUCGCCUCGCCACUGAAAUACCACGCUCCGUACUCGUACCCUCUGUCCUACCACGCUCCCCUCUCCUACCACGCUCCUCUCCCAUAUCACGCCCCUGUCUCUUACCACGCUCCCCUCCCCUACCACGCACCACUCUCCUAUGCCGCCCCUCUGCCCUACCACGCGCCAAUCUACAAGGCCCCGUACUAUCCGUCACUCUACUGA